CCAACCAAGAAUACCAUGGACCAGUGUUAGUAAAGCAGAAGAAGCGCUCCCAUCCAGACACAAUACGGUUGUCAGUUUUCAACCAGCAACUACGAAAGAGACUCGUGGCGCGUUAUCGCAUGGCUACACUGCUGAGAAAACUGUGCGAAUCCGCGUCGCUGAAGCGAUCGGGUUCCAAUCCGAACCCGAAUCCGAACCCAUCAUCGGAACGCGCGCCAUCUCCUCUGGGCGCCUUCGACACUCUCCCUGCCGACAUACUCAUGCAAAUCGUGCGACUCGUGGGCCCCAAACACGCCGCCAGACUCAGCCUCCUCAGCAAGUCGUGGCGAUCCCUUGUCUCCGACAACGACCUCUGGGUGCACUUCCUCCACACCCACCACCCUCUCUCAGCGCUCUUCGCGGAAACCGCUCUCAGCUCCGGAUACCCUCUUCCGACCUUAUCUGCUCAGAGCUCACCACGUGGCUCUCUCCAGCAUGUUUAUGCCCUCCGUGAACGCCUCCCUUCGUCCGUUGUUAUCGACGGGGGCUCUGGCUAUUGCAAAUUCGGUUGGAGCAAAGGCUCUUCUCCUUCUGGGCGAUUCGCGACCUUUCUGGAAUUUGGUAACGUUGAAACGCCCAUGUACACUAGACUUCGACAUUUUUUCGGGACUAUCUAUAACAGGAUGCAGGUGAAACCAAGUUCUCAACCAGCUGUUGUUUCUAUACCAAUUUGUCACUAUGAUGAUACUGAAUCAGCCAAGGCAUCAAGACAGCAGCUUAAAGAAGCAAUCUAUGCUGCUCUGUUUGACAUGAAUGUUCCUGCUGUUUGUGCUCUCAAUCAGGGGACUUUAGCUCUGUAUGCUUCAAAACAAACUUCUGGGAUUGCUGUUAAUAUAGGCUUUCAAGUGACAUCCAUUGUUCCAAUUUUAAAUGGUAAAGUGAUGCGAAAAGUGGGUGUGGAAGUUGUGGGGCUGGGAGCACUAAAGCUUACUGGAUUUCUUAGAAAACAAAUGCAAGAGAACAACAUAAGUUUUGAAUCUUUAUACACUGUCCGCACUCUGAAAGAGAAGUUAUGUUAUGUUGCUGCUGACUAUGAAGCUGAGCUAUUGAAAGAUACAGAAGCAUCAUUUGAAGCUGUAGAAGGGUUGUUUACACUCUCAAAAGAGCGGUUUCAAACAGGGGAGAUAUUAUUCCAGCCACGACUUGCUGGGGUGCGAGCAAUGGGUUUGCAUCAGGCCGUCGCACUUUGUAUGGAUCACUGCUAUUCUGCAGAAUUAGCAGUUAACAACGAUUGGUACAAGACUGUUGUCUUAUCAGGGGGAACUGCCUGUUUACCUGGUUUAGCAGAAAGGUUAGAAAAGGAGCUUCAUUCGGCACUUCCUCCUUAUAUAUCCAAUGGAAUUAGGGUCAUACCUCCUCCAUUCGGCGUGGAUACUGCAUGGUUUGGUGGAACGAUUAUUGGCAGUUUGAGCACCUUUCCUGGUCCAUGGUGUACCACAAAAAAGCAAUUCCGUCAGAAGUCUAAACUUAACCGCAUUUGCACGGGGCAGCAACACGAAAGAAUUGAAUUUACUGUUAACUUGUAUUUUAGUAACAAUACUUGUAUACAUAUGUUUGGUAAUAGAAAACCCUUAUAGCAGAAAGUUUGGAGAAAAAGUUUCCCAGCUUUCAGUAUGUGUUGUACUACCAGCGUAUGAAGAAAUUGUUAAUGCAGUUUAAGAUUCAAUGCACAUGCUGAGGGGUUUUAUUUA